UGCCCGUCACCACCUCUGUGCUCUGCUCCCCGCUGCCGACCCUGGCGGACGGCGCCGCCUGUCCCACCUCCACCGCACCCCACCCAUCGGGGUUGCCCUAUUUUUAUGCGGCAUAGAAGAGAUUUGAAUAUCCACUUGUCGAAGAUGAACAGGUGGAGGCGGUACUUGUAUCUUCUGGUGGACGAUUUGAACGGAACGUAUCCUCUGCGCCGUAUAAACGCAUCAAAUUUGUUCUUCGCAAGAAAUCAAGUGAAUCGAGUGAAUGAGGCUCUUACAAUUGAGGAAACUCCGCUUCCUCGCCCUCACCUUUCGUUCACCCCUUCACAGGACAGAGGAAGGCUGGAAUUCUUCGGCUUCUUUGGUCAUGGCCGGAAGAAGAGCUAUUUGGCUGCCGUUGACUUCGACGGAGUUUCCUACAUGUAUGACGUCGAGCGCCGUACCAUGCAUGAGAUCGCCUCUCCUAAUGAGUAUAAGUGCUGCGAUCCCGUCUCCCUUGCCGUCGGUGAUGCCCUCUAUGUUAUGGACAGAGAGCCAGUUCCAAGCAACCAACGCAGCUUCGAGGCACUGAUUGUUGAUCUUCCAAAUGAUGUUUUGUUCAAGCCAAACAGCACCUGGCACUGCCUUCAGCCACUACCUUUCGUGCUUGAGACUGGCUAUAAAGGAAGAUUUAUUAUUGGGGCUUACACGGUUGCCGGUGGCUCCAACAUCUUGAUAUCCACACCGGGCAUUGGCACCUACUCCUUUGACACAUCAAGCUGCUCGUGGAGGAAGGCUGGUGACUGGGAGCUGCCCUUCCGUGACCGUGCUGACUUCUUCCCGGAACACGGUGUGUGGCUUGGCUUCUCAUCUCAAGACAACCUACUCUGCUCUUCAUCGGAUAUCACUGCCCCUGCGCAGGGUGCACCAACGCUGGACAUGGUUUGGGAAGAUCUGAACCCGCCGUGUUGUUGGGAUCCUCUCAAGUCACACCUUGUCUAUCUGGGCUCUAACAAGUUCUGCGUUGCCAAGUUUUUUGAAAGGGUAGUCAACGUUGAGAACAAUCAAGUCUGCAUACCUGUAAUCGAGAGGUUCGUUGUGUUUACUGGAUUGGUGCUGAAGCCAACCACAGACCACAAGGGACUUGUGAUGUUGAAGCAGAGGUCGCAUAUUUACAGGUUUGAGGGAGUCACCACCUGUUGGGUAUUUUGAGUUAAUCAGUCAACUGGAAACAUCGAAGUCAACUGGAAUGCGGAGACAGCUUGAACUUGAAUCCAUGAGAUUUGUGGACUGUGUCAGCAACUUGACUGUUACCUGUUUGGUCAUCAGAAUUUGUACGUCGUUUUAUUUUAUGAAUUUUGUUAUGCAGUUCAUUCUGGUGUAAUAAUUGUUAUGGAGUUUAUGUUAGUGUUGAAUGAUCAUUUUCCAAAUCGGAUUUGCA